AUGCUUAUGCACCAUGCUAUUGAUGUGACACUGGAGGAUAAGCUCAGCAAAGAGGAGGAUCAGGAAGAUGCAUGUAGAGAUGCGAGUCGUGAGAAAUAUAAGUUCUCUAGGGAGCAUAGAAAGCUUAUCCAAGUGAUGAAUGUGAAGAGUAAAAGAGACUUUCUUUGCUUGGAGAAAGUUAAUGGCGAGAUGGUGAACAUACUGGAGGGACUCGAUUUGCAUACCAAUGUUUUCAAUGCAGCAGAACAGAAAACGAUAGUUGAUAAAGUGUGUGAGCUACAAGAGAAGGCACGUAAAGGAGAACUAAAGUGUGUAUUUGCUCCAAAAGGAAAAGGACGUUCAGCUAUUCAAUUCGACUGUUGUUUCAACUACAGAACAAGCAAAGCUGGAAACCCGGCUGGGAUUCUUAGACAUGAAACUGUUGAUCCAUUACCUUCUCUUUUUAAAGUGAUCAUUAGAAGGUUGGUUGAAUGGCAUGUUCUGCCUCCAACUUGUGUACCUGAUUGA